AUGCAAACCAAUAAAUCACCACUGCUCACUAUAGACAUAGAAGGAAUCACAGACACUCAAACCACUCUAAUUGAUUCUGGUUCUUCUGCUAACUUCAUUGAUCCCCAAUUUGCCCGUUCUCACAACAUUCCACUCAUUGAAUUGGAUUCCCCAUGCUCUGUCAUUGGCAUUAAUGGCAAACAAGUCCGUGAUCCUAUCCGCUUCAAGGCUUGGUUAGUCUUUAUCUCUCAAAACAGGCAAUUUUCCGCCAUCUUCUAUGCUCUUCCCCUUGGAAACAGAAACCUUAUCCUUGGAACCCCAUGGCUCAAGUUGGCUAACCCAGACAUUGAUCGGACCACCAUGACAGUUUCACUUUGCUUAGCUACAGAAGCACGAGCUGGCAGCAUUGACCCUGAGCCUCAGAAUCUUCCUGUUGAAUUUCAGGAGUUCCAGAAAGUGUUCAGAGAAGAGUUCUUUACCACACUGCCAGAACAUCACCCCUAUGACAUUGCUAUUGACCUGGAAGAAGACAAACAACCUCCCUAUGGCCCUAUCUAUUCUAUGACCCCUGCAGAGAGAGAAGCACUCAAGGAACACAAUGACUCAGAACUUGCAGCUGGAAAGAUUGUGCCAACCACCUCACCAGCAGGAGCUCCAGUGAUGUUUGUAAAAAAGGCUGAUGGCAGGCUUUGCUUAGUGGUGGACUAUUGCCGGCUAAAUGCCAUCACAAUCAAGAACAGAUAUGCACUACCCAGACAGGACAAGCUAAUUGAGAAAUUGCGCCAUGCUAAGAUCUUCACAAAGCUAGAUUUGAGGAAUGGAUAUCACAACAUCAGAAUCAAGGAAGGAGAUGAAUGGAAGGCUGCAUUUUGCACUGCCCUUGGUCACUUUGCUCCCACAGUCAUGCAAUUUGGCCUUAGCAACCCAGCUGUGUUUAUGCGCUUCAUGAACAACAUAUUCCAUGAUUUACUUGACAUCUCUGUGCUUGUGUAUUUGGAUGACAUCUUGAUCUUCUCAAACUCAAAAGAAGAGCAUGUGGAACACGUCAAGGAAGUCUUAUCUUGCUUGCUGAAGCAUAAUCUGUUCUGCAACCCUGCCAAAUGCUACUUCUUUGUCACAGAAGUUACCUACAUUGGGCUUGUGAUUACUCCUGAUGGCAUCUCUAUGGAAAGGGACAAGGUGCAAGCAAUCAUGGACUGGCCUGAACCCCAAAAUGUGAAACAGGUCCAAUCAUUCCUAGGUUUUGCAAAAUUCUACCAUUGCUUUGUUCCCAACUUCUCUUGCUUAGCACGCCCUCUGAAUAACCCUACUCAGAAGGAGCAACCAUGGAUCUGGCUAGAAGAACAGAAGGCAGCAUUUGAUGCAAUCAAGGUUGAGAUUUGCAAGGAGCCUGUUCUAGCUCACCCUGAUGAAUCUAAACCUUACACCUUGGAAACAGACGCUUCUGGAGCAGCCAUGGGCGCUGUACUAUCUCAGAGAAAGGAGGAUGGUUGUCUACAUCCUGAGCUACUUGCCAUCAUUUGUGCAAUUGAGCACUGGAGAAUCUUUCUGGAAGGAACUGAGCAGCCUAUCACUGUGUUUACUGAUCACAAGAAUCUGGAGUACUGGAAAUCAGCUAGAACCUUCAACAGGCGUCAUGCGCGCUGGCAUCUCAUGCUGGCGUCCUACAACUUUUCACAGAAACCUGACGCCCUGUCAAGACGACCAGAUCACAUGGACUUAGAAUCAUCUCCACAAGUUAUGAUUCCAGAAUCUCACUUUGAGGCAUUUUCAGCACACAUAAAUUCGUCCUUGUUGGAUCAAAUCAAGGAAGCUACCCAGGAAGACCCUAGUCUUGACACAAUCUUGCUAGCUGUAUCAGAUCCUAAAUCUAUGCCCCACAGCGUUGCACAGAAGUUCAAGGACUAUACAAUUCAGAAGGGUCUACUUCUGUAUCAAGGAAGAGUAGUUGUGCCAGAUGAACCUGAGAUCAAACAGCAACUCUUAUCUCACUUCCAUGAUUCUCCUGCUUCUGGUCUCCAAGGAAGAGCACAAACUCUAGAGUUAAUCAGUUGUCACUACUACUGGCCAGCAAUGAAGUUCCAAGUCAAUCGCUAUGUGGAGUCUUGUGAAAUCUGCCAAAGAAGCAAGGGCCAUGCACACAACUAUGCUCUCAACCCGCUUACUGUCCCUGCAGGCCCCUGGGAAGACAUCUCAUAUGAUCUCAUUGUCAAGUUUCCCAAGUGUAAGGGAUACGACAGCAUCCUGGUGGUUGUAGACCGCUUUUCAAAGAUGAUGCACCUGGUUCCCUGCAAAGAAACUGCUACUGCUGAGGAUGUAGCUCAGAUGUUCCUGGAGCAUGUCUGGAAGCUACAUGGAACUCCCAAGCGCACUGUGUCUGACAGAGGGACUACAUUCAACUCCAAGUUCCUCAAGGCACUCCACAAAUCUCUGCAAAUCACUCCUAGUUUCUCUACUGCUUACCACCCACAAUCUGAUGGACAAACUGUGAUCAAGAACCAAUGGCUAGAGGCUUACCUACGUCCCUUCAUUAAUCAUAGACAGUCUGAUUGGGUUGAUUGGCUCCCACUGGCUGAAUUUGCUCACAACAAUGCCAGAAGCAAAGCAACAGGCAAAUUGCCCUUUGGGAUUGUGUACGGAUGUUCUCCUGAAGUACAGGCAUCAAUCAAAUGGGCUCAGGAGCGCUACAAACAGGCAGACACAGGGGAACCACCUCCUGAGUUUCAACCAGGAGACAAAGUCUGGCUUCUGGCUUCCAAUAUCACGUUGCAGCGCCCCAAUAAAAAGCUAGACCACAAACAAUAUGGCCCUUUCACUGUCAUAGAAAGAGUGGGCUCUCACGCCUAUCGCCUGGCUCUCCCUGAGACCGUGAGAAUCCAUGAUGUGUUCCAUGUCAGCUUGUUGUCUGCUUUCAAACAAGACACAGAGUUUGAUUGCACAUUCACCCCUCCGCUGCCUGUAAUCACAGCUGAAGAAGAAGAAGAGUAUGAAGUAGAAAAAUUUGUAGAUUGGGCAGCAGAAGACGGAAUCUGGAAGUACAGGGUGAGAUGGAAGGGAUAUGCACCCCAUGAGGACACAUGGGAACCAGCCAAGGAUCUACAGCACUGCAAGGACGAAUUGCGUGACUUCUUUGCCAAUUACCCGGAUGCUCCGGCGGCCGACAACACCAUCCCUGCAAAUGCGCGCAGAGUUAAAAGAGGAAAGAUAGUCAAGCAACUCAGCAAGUCAAAAACUGCCUGUUUUGUCACUUUACAAGCUCUCACUGCCAAAACUCGGCCUGCUAAGCUCUUCUUGCGUUCUCCACUAUCCCAGCAUGCCCAUCUUCGGCUCCAUCGACGCCUUGGUCUACAACCCUUGCAUCAACAUCGAUUGCUACAUCAUGAACGGCCCAGAGGAGAUGAGAGCACACCUAGACAGCUCUGCCAACAUCAUUCACGCUCUGAUGAGCGCCAGCAGUCGCAACAAGGUCAGGUUCUUCAAGUGCAACGUGUACAAGCACCCCAAGUGGGAUUCUGCUAUUGGCUCCACCCCAGGGGAGAAGAAGGACCAGAUACACUGUAUGAAAAACAAGCGUAUUGCUGGUGGAACUUCAUUGCCUCCCAUCCAGGCGCUCUCAGGGAUCUGGCACAAUGGCAUUGCCAUGGGUUUGCUACCCCACCCCCUACAGUCUCCACACCUCCAUCUGCAAGAGAGCUGACCCAGGCGAUGCAGAACCUCAUUCUGCUUUACCCAGCAGACCCACCAGCCUACACAAGCAGGCCAGCAACGCCAGUGACCCCUUCAGCACGCCCAGACACUCCCAGGCCAACAGAGGCGCAUGUACCAGCGCCUUUGCCCUUCCCCCUGUUCUCCAGCACACCAGACACUUGCUGGGCCCCAGGAUACUCGUCCCCAGUGAGAGAAACACAAUGGGAGCCUCAGAGCUACCUAGGAUAG